AUGAUCCCCUUGGUGGUGCUCCUCUGCGGUUUCGUGGCAGAAGCCGGCACGGGAUGUUACGACGUGGAGACUCACCAGUGUGACUGCACAGUGACAGAAGCGCAGUGCCAUGCGCGGCAAGGAACCUGGACGGAUGGGUGCCGGUCCUGCGAUGCGGUGACCAACGAGCAGCAUCCUCAAUGCCAGAAGCAAUAUUCCUGGGGGUGCUUCGACACACCAAGCCAUGCCUGCGAGUGCACGAUUUCCGAGCGAGCCUGCGACCAGCUCCCGAACAAGACAUGGACCCACGAGUGCUGGUCAUGCUGCCACGGCUCUUCCUGGGGUUGUUUCGUGCCUGGAAACGGCCCUGAGUCUGGUUGCCACUGUGAUACCUACGAGGGCGCAUGUACGCUUGCGUUCCCCGAUGCCACCUGGUCGCACCAGUGCUUCGAGUGCGAGACGGACUCAGAGCGGGAGCAGAGCACUUCGGAGGCGAGCGAUGACGGCAUCGUGAUUGCCGUUGUUGUGUCGGUGUGCGUCACGUGUUUGCUGGCAGCUGCCGUUGUCGGGCUUUGCUGUCUCUACCGCCGGAUGUCGAAGCCGAAGCCUGUGAACGAACCGUACAACAGCCCUCAGUUCAAUGAGUCAGAUGUGGUGGUGGGCCGUGCCGUGCCCCCGGCAAACGGAGCUGCUGGUGCAAAGCAGACCGCUUGA